GUCCCGGCAGCCAGAGCAGAUUGGCUGCUGACGAGGCCUCCCUGGGCAGUUUAGAAAGGGCAGCGGGCGGGGGAGGCGCCAGGGCAGCAGCAGCAGCGCCGAGCCGCGCUCCCGUCCCGCUCAGCAGGCGCGGCUGGCGGCAGGAGAGCACCGACGAUGCGGCGGGAGGGUGUCCUCCCGGGGGGGCGAGGCACGGCGCUGCUGGCGCUGGCGCUGGCGCUGGCGGGUUCUCCGGGCGGCGGGCAACACUACGACUACUACGGGUGGCAGCCCGAGAGCCUGCCCCACGGGCGCUUCUACGGGCGGGAGCCGCAGUGCCUCGACAUCCCGCCCGACAUGCAGCUCUGCCGCGACGUGGGCUACAAACGCAUGCGGCUGCCCAACCUGCUGGAGCACGAAACCAUGGCCGAGGCCAAGCAGCAGGCGGGCAGCUGGGUCCCCCUACUCGCUAAGCAGUGCCACACCGACACCCAGCUUUUCCUCUGCUCCCUCUUCGCCCCCGUCUGCCUCGACCGGCCCGUCUACCCCUGCCGCUCCCUCUGCGAGGUCGUUCGUGACUCCUGUGCCCCCGUCAUGGAAUCCUAUGGCUUUCCCUGGCCCGAGAUGCUGCACUGUGGCAAGUUCCCCUCCGAUCACGAGCUCUGCAUCGCCGUCCAGUUCGGGAACAGCAAGGUCACCCCACCGCCAGUGUCCAAGAUCUGCACCCAGUGUGAGAUGGAGCACAAGGCAGACGGCAUGAUGGAGCAGAUGUGCUCCAGUGACUUUGUGGUGAAGAUGCGCAUCAAGGAGAUGACAGAGGAGAACGGAGAGCGGCGGCUGGUGGCUGCCCAGAAGAAGAAGGUGCUGAAGCUUGGCCCUCUCAAGCGCAAGGACACCAAGAAGAUGAUUCUGCACAUGAAGAAUGCAGGUGCCUGCCCCUGCCCCCAGCUUGACAGCCUCAGUGGCAGCUUCCUAGUGAUGGGCAGAAAGCUAGGCAGCCGCCUGCUCCUCCUUGCCAUCUACCCCUGGCAGAAACACAACAAGGAGAUGAAGUUUGCCGUCAAGUUCAUGUUCUCUUACCCCUGCCCCCUCUACCACUCCCUCCUCUAUGGGUCUGCACAGCACUAGGACUCUGCCCAUCCUGCCAUGUUGCAGGACUCCUGCAUUGGCAUCAUGCUGCCCCCCCCUUGCACCCCAGCUGCACCCCUGGUGUUCCUGGUUGCACCCCAGGACCCAAGCUCUCCUCCUCACAGCUCCUUGGCUGUGCCUCAGGACCCUGCUGUGCACUCUCAGCGUUUCCAGCUGCAUUUGUGGGAUCCUUGAUCCACAGCCAGGACCCCUUUUACCCUCCUGAGAGCCCCUCUUCUCCCAUGACCCCUGCCCAAACUCAGGAGCUUAGGCUACACCCAGAACCCUUGCUCUGCAUGUUUGUGAACUUUGGCCUGCACCAGAGAUGCUUGGCUAUUCCAGAGCCCCCAGCCCCAAAUACCUGCGGGACCUUUGCUUGCACUUAGGAUCCCUGCUUGGCCCUUCUGGGACUCCUUGGUUGCUACUCCAUGCUUCCAAAGUAUCCCACACCUUCACUUUGAGCUCACAUCCCAGCCCUGGGUUAUCCCACCUUUGCAGGCCUCACACAAGACACUGUCCCUACAGACUGCCCCCGUCAAGACUGACUGCCUAGAGCAACACACCUCCUGUGACAGCAUCUCUCACACACACCCCUGCCAAGACCCAGCUCAGGCACCCAUUGUCCAUCCACACCACAGUAAAUUAUUCUGCCUCAGACAAGCCUGUGUCCAGCUCCCUGUGGUUUGUAGGCAGACGCCCCUUGGGACACUCUCAUGGACCCCAGGAAGGAUGAGAGAAGACUCCCAGUCCUACCCUGGGGAGUAGGGUCACUCUGGGCUGUGGCUCUAGACCUGCUCCAAGUGCCAUGCCCAAAGCUGGGCAGCCCAGACCAGGUGAAGGGUGAGGUUCCCAGUGGUCACAGCAUGUCUGGAGACUCGGAGGGUGGUGAGGACGAUGGAGCAGACAGAGGCAUCACUGCUGCUGAAGCCUUACAGCUGUGUCUGAGAGCAGCCUGGCAACCAGCAUAGGAGGAAGCAGAAUCUGGACCAGGCAGCCUCCAUCCCUGGCCACCCCACCUGAAAGCCCUGUCUUCAGCUCCCAGCCAGCCCUUCUCAGCUGCCAGACCUCCCACUCCACAACCUUCAGUCUCCUCCAAGAAGGCUCCCAGUGGCCACCCACCUGCACUAGCUGGGAUGCCGCAGCAACACCGGCGCUAGGGUAUCCCUCAGCCUAGCCCCUAUGGCAGCAAGGCUCUCCCCCUCAGUUCAGCUCCUGCAGCCACCACACAAGGGUUGUCUCUGCUCCAGCGGCACCUCAGUCCCAGCAGGUGAGGGGGGCAGCCUGCCCAGCUCAGUCUUGUUUACCCAGCACAUUCCCACAUCCACCCGUCUCGACGGGUGAGGGAGGCACGAAGGCAGCCACCAAGAUAUUUACCCAGCACCUGGCUGCCUGACAUUGCAGCUUCUCACCAGAACUGGCCCUGCCACAGGGGAGCCUCCCAGGACAAGAAGGGAAUUGAGGCUGCAAGAUGCCUACACCCACCCUCCUCCUGCCUGAAGAGGCCUCUGGGCACUUGCCUUGUGCCAGGGUGAUCCCUGCUCCCUCUGCUCACUUUGGGCAUGGCCUUGGCCCUACUGGCUACUCUCCAGAGCCUCAAAAGGCACUCACAUCCUGCACCGACCAGGGUGGGGGACAUACCCCUGCCACAGCCUCGCACUGGGGGCAGGCAGUUCCUGCCCCCACCCUUGCUGAUGUGGAAAAUAAAAUGGAGAGAAAACUGAAAUAUUGUUAGAAGGUAUGUUCAGAACGAGGCUGCUGAGAAAUAAACAUCAUCAAUUAUGUCAUUUUACUGCAAAAUUUAAAGUGUGCAAAUAAAACCCCAUCUCCCACAGCCCAAA